AUUUAGGAUCAAUGGUGAGACCUGGCCUGGGCCUGCCAUAUGUACAGCCUUAAAAGGGCCGCCAGAAAAAAGUACUUUUGCCCUUUUGGUAAGAGAAAAUAAAUAAAUAAAAAGCCCCUGCACCCUGAAGACCCUCCUUGUCCGAUGAACCUUCUGAUGAUCCAUUUUAGAUCCCCUGGUGACCGAUUGCCUUUUCAUCUCAUCAAGAGAACUCCAAUAAAGACCAUCAUAAGGAUCCUAAAUCAGAUCAAGCGGUAGAUAUAGAAUCCAAUGUUAUUCAAAUCGUUUUUCUGCUUUGGAAGAAGGGACCCACCUUAACAAUAACGUUGAAGUAUGGGAAUAAUAACAAAAAGGGUUGAUUUUCUCUCUCUGUGUCUCUCCUCUUUCUAUUAGACCGUUGUAAAAUUUACUUCUUUAAUAAGAAACAGAGAAACCAGAAACUAACCCAUUUCUUAUAAUCCAUCAACAAUGGCAGAAGAUAACGCCACUCUUCAAUCUCUCUUCCAUGCGCUUGACCCCAUCUCUCUAAUCCUUUCUCAAAAUUCCUCAGACUCUCGCCAACCGGUCCCUCUGAAGCUCACCACUGAUAGCUACCUCAUGGAGAGAGGACCAAGAUACACAGCAUAUGCAGAGCUGCGAGAAUCAAAGCUGAGAAUGAAGAUCUUAAGGCAACAAGAAAGAGACGAGACCGAUUUCAAACAAACGCCGCCAAAGAAACAAGUCAAAUUUCAAGCCAAUUUAACUGCUUCAAGAAAAGGGUCCUCUGUGUUGGCCCAGUCAGUGCCCGAUUUCUCUGCUACGUUAAGAAAGGAGAAUAGGAAGCCGCCGCCACAGUGGACACCUCCAUCAAAGAACUUGUCAAACGUAAAUGGGAUUCUGUCCAAUUGUAGAGGAAGCAAGUCAGCGAGUGCUGGAGAGAAGAAGAAUAGAAAUGGGGGACUAAUGUCGAGAAAAAGCUAUGCAAGUGUUGAAGAAUUGAAGGGUUUGUCAAUGGCUGCAGCCACGGCUAUCAAUGGAGAAAACAAGGGGGGCAGAAGUAGCAGAUUAAUUGGCAAGACUGUGUUGGGUUUCAGGCAGUUCUGAUUUUGAAUGCAAUGCGAUUCCACAAUUGAUGUGUAAGAUUUGUUGAUUUUUUUUUUUUUCUGGGUUCUUAAUUGGAUUCGGUGUUAUGAGAGGUUUUAUUUGUUACGGCUACGAUUAUUUGAUUAGGUGAGAGUGGAUUGUAUGUAAAGCUUUGGAUGUAAUCAUGUUUAACGUAUGAUUAUAGACAUUUUACCUUCAUUUGGAU